UAAACAUUUCAUCAUUGAUUGCAAAUUGCAAUGCAUUUCAUAAUCAUAACAUCAAACAAUACAAUCGGUAUUAUAGUUACCGAUAGUUAUCUAUGAAGUGACCAUUUUUGUUGACAACACUGAUCACAUCCACCACAUCGUUGUCCAAAUCAGUCAUGUCAUCUCUCAGAUUAUUUUGUCGACACUUCUGUGAUAAUGCCAGUCAUCGGAGGCCGCCUUCCGGUGAUAAUUAUGUCAAACCUAUAUCACGUCUCAAGACAUUUAUGUCCAAACAACUGAUGAAGUUUAUCGAAAGUUAUGAGAAAAUUCUUGAAAAACGAUUUCCAAAGACAUUCAAAAUAUACAGAGUCUUCACUAUUGGUACAAAAGACUUUUAUAACGACAGCAUUGAAUACAUACGUAUAUCUCGUGAACUCUUGGGUGGCAAAGAAGUCCAUGAAUUUAAUUAUAAUGAACUAAUAGUUUAUAAAUAUAUGCCUAAAUACAUGGCACGCGUUGGACCUGUUUUGAUGGUAACAGUCCUUCCGUUUACUAAUUAUCUUAUAUUUCCGUUGGCCUAUUGGUUCCCAAAGUAUUUACUAUCGCCUCACUUCUGGACAUUGGAACAGAAACAGCUGUUUCAGGCACAGGAUCUCAAAAAACGGCUCUAUUAUUAUCGACCAGUGUUUAGGAAUUUGCAACAGAAAUUGCAAACCGUGACCACUGAUGAUGGCCUUCAAGAGAAAUUCCGGUCAGUGUUUGCCCAACUCGGCAGCGGAACUCAUCCCAGUUUUGAAGAUAUAAUAGACUUAAAUCAGUCAUUUUUUGGCAAACCUUAUGGAAUCCAUAACUUAAAGUCAAGACAUUUGACAAACUUGUGUCGAAUGCAUGGCUUGAGUGCCUUUCCUUUGGGCAAAAAGUCGCGACUAUUAAAUCACAUCGGAUUUGUACGUGAAUUAGAUUUGGCAAUCGAUAGGACAGGCAUUCAAUCGCUUAAUUUGGAUCAAAUCAAGAGAGCCUGUUUUAUGAGAGGUUUGAACCCAAUAGAGUUGAGUAAAGAAGAAAUGAUAACAUGGCUCGAGUUGUGGAUUAAAGUCGCCCACAAAAUAGACACAAAAAGUCUAUCUCUGUUACUUCACUGCCCGAUAUUCUUGGCCUAUAAUAAUCCAUCGAAUUGGCGUCAAAUACAUUAA